ACGAAUUUUCUUUGUUCUACGAGUUCUUCUCAACUGGCGAAGACGACCUAUACGGAAAUUUGGAUUUAUUGUGCAGCUACAUGUAUGACAAUCUGCGUCCUCGCAUUAUUCACGAAACAAAAAUCGAGACCUUGUCCGAACUUUGUUUAAUACUUAUAAGUCAUAUUAAUCUUGAUGUCGAUAAAAAUGACGGUUCGAAGCAUGAAAAAGAAGGAACGAGAUUACAUUUUAGCCAAUUAAUACGUAAUGUUCUUCAAGAUGCUCAGCAGAGACUAGUUUUUCGAGCGCAAACAUUCAUUCAAAGUUCAAUUCAAAAAUUUAUUCCACAACAAUCGGAUUUGGACUACCCCAAUAAGUUGAAAAAAAGUGUUCGAACUCAAUCGACAGAAACUCCCGCGUUUACUGACGUUAAAGAAUCACUGCCUUCACAGACACCGGCUGCUAAACAAGAUGGUGAUACUGAAUCCAUUAUAUCUAAUUCUUCAUCUUUAACAAUUACCGAGGAUGUUGGUGAUGGAAAUCCUGAGUGGUUACCCACUCUACACCGUACUUUAUGGAUCCUUUCAAAAAUUUACCAAUGUGUUAAUCCUUCGAUAUUUAAUGAUAUCGCCCAAGAUGUCGUUCAUUUGUGUUUGCAAACAUUGUUAUCUGCGAGCGAAGUGAUAACCAGAGAGAGUAAGAUCGAUGGACAGUUGUUCUUGAUCAAGCAUCUGUUGAUUCUCAAGGAUCAAAUAGCAUCAUUUGAUACACAAUUUGUACAUGAUGAAAAGGACCUGGACUUUUCAUUAAUGACUG